CUCAGCCAAUGCAAUGUCCAAUCAGCUGAUUUCUGUUAUGUUGUGACAGUGACAGUUCUCGCACUCACCAAGUUCUUUGUACUGAUGCAUAUUGAUUGAUAGUGUUUUGAAAACUAUCCAGACGCUCUGCGGCGACUUUCAUGAUCUCCACCAGAGAAAUGACGCAGUUCGGGAGUUGAAAUGUUGACUUGCAUCGAAAACAAGACACGACGAAAACGGAACAAUGUCUGCUGAAUCGCCUCGCCGAUCAAGAUCUCAGACGAGAGGAGGCGGGGGGAGCGCCGCCACAGUCACACCUCAGCAAGUCACGGACCCCACGAUCCUAGACAGCGUCGCCGGAUUCAUCAACGACGUGGUCCCCACGGCGUACAACCUGCCCACGGAAUUGGACGACAAGAUCCAAUGGGCGCACUUCGAGCAGCUCGACCAGGACGAGAGCUGGGGGGCGGCGUUCGACGGCGACAACGUCAUCCCGCCGCCGCUGAUCCUCGUUUUGGGGUACACCACGGGCAUACAGAUUUGGGCUGUGCCUGCGACGGGUGAAGCCACUGAGAUCCUGUCGUGGCGCCACAGCACGCUACGCGUGCUGCGCCUCAUCCCUACGCCCUUCAAGACCGGCGAAGACAACGUGGACUUGUUCGCGGCGUCCCGGCCCUUGAUCGCCCUGUGCGAUUCCGCCAGCAACUACAGUACUUUGACGUUUCGUUCGCUGAAAGGCGGGGUGGUGGAUCCGGUCAAGCAGAUCCAGUUCAAAACUUCGAUUUUGAACGUUUUGGCCAAUAGGCACUCGGUGGUAGUGUCGUUUGCGGAGAAGAUCGCCGUUUUCGACGCGUUUACGUUAGAAAAUCGCGUAAGCAUUACGACUUGCUAUUUGAGUCCUGGUAUUCAACCGAAUCCGAUAGCGUUAGGAGCUAGGUGGUUGGCGUAUGCGGAGAAGAAGCUGAUUGCGGGGAAUAGGAGUGGAGGAGGGAACGAGGGGGAAGGAGUACAAUUUCAGAGUUACACUGCUACGGUUUUGCAUGCGGCGAAGUCGUUGGGUCGGGGGAUUAGGGAGUUUACGGAAUCGGUGGCGGGGAGUCUGACUGGGAAUCCCAAUUUUAGGCCGGGGUCCUCGACGAGUAGUCCGCAGGCGGGAGGAGCGGCGGAUGUUCCUCAGAAGGGCAUAGUAACAAUUUUAGAUAUAGAGAACAAGAACAUAAACCCUAAAGAAAACAUAAUUCCGCAAGACGCUGUGAUAGCCCACUUCGUGGCCCACACCGAGGCCAUCGUCUGCUUGUCGUUCGACCCCAGCGGCAUGCUCCUCCUCACCAGCGACAAGCGCGGCCACGAUUUCCACGUGUUCCGGAUACAGCCCCACCCCGGCGGGCCCGCGCUCGCCGCCGUGCACCACCUCUACAUCCUGCACCGCGGCGACACCUCCGCCAAGGUCCAGGACAUGUGCUUCUCGCCCGACUCCCGCUGGAUCACCGUGUCCAGCUUGCGCGGCACGACGCACGUCUUCCCCGUCACGCCGUACGGGGGCAACAUCAGCGUGCGCACCCACGCCACCGCCCACGUCGUCAACAAGAUGUCGCGCUACCAGCGCUCCGCCGGCCUCACCUCCGAGGGCCGCUCCAGCAGCCCCGUGUCGCUCGCCGAGGCGCCCGUCAGCUUGUUCCCCUACCGCAACCCGCGGUUCCCGCCGUACCCGCAGCCCGCCGUCGUGCACCCGCUCGCCCAGAUCCGGCAGCCGGUGUACGUGCAGGGGGCGGCGGCGGCGGCGGGCCGGCCGGCGGGCCGCCAGCGGCUGUCGUCGUCGUCGGAGGAGAACAUCGCGCUGCGGGUGGUGGCGAGCUUCGCGCCGCCGCGCGCCUGGAUGGACGCCAAGGGGCCGCGCGAGGCGGCGCACAAGCCCCACGUCAAGCCGGUGGAGUCGUUGUUCGUGAUGUCGUGCUACGGCACGCUGAUCCAGUACGACCUGGAGCCGCACCCGACGGCCUCGGUGCCGAAGGAGCGGGUGUGCAACGACACGCAGAUCGAGCUGAAGGUGUGCGCCAAGGCGCAGUGGUCGCUGCAUCGGAGGGUGAACGCGGUCGACGUGCCGCUGCCGAUGUCCGAGGAGAAUCUUAACCUGAUCGCUCAAAGCGUGCCUCUGUAUAAGAAGACGAAGCCGGACCACAACGACGACCACUGGCUGUCGCAGGUGGAGAUCGUCACGCAUUUAGGACCCCACAGGAGGCUCUGGAUGGGACCCCAGUUCACGUUCAAGACGUACACGAUCACGAACGGGACGGUUUUGGAAACGCGAGCCGUGGACGUGCGACGCUCCAAGCCGGUGAAUAUGCCGGUGAGCAAAGCCAACGCCAUCUUGAUCGAGUCGGGGUCAGCGAGCAGCUGCGAACAACUAUUCCUGGAUACAUAUCACAAAGCUUGCGAAGAAGUGGGCAGUGCUGGGGAGACUAGGCUCAAGGAAGAUCUGGCCGAUGCCAUGUUGGAGUCGCCGGGCAUCAGGGACACCGGUGGGCGGUGCGUGAUCGUGUCGAUGAAACCGACCGCGACAGUUGCCAAAGUUGUGAACCCGUUAGGGACGGUGGUGACCGUCCAGUCCGACGACGACGACGCCGAGGAGGUCGUCGAGGACGUGGUGAUUCACGAGAAUUGCGACGAGGCGCUCUUCAGGCCGGUGGUGGCGCCGAAGGCGGUGUUCUACGCGGAGAACCGCCCCAAGCCCUGCCCGCCGGAGCACAUCCUCACCAAGAGCCUGGAGGCCAACACCGAAGUCGCGGUCAAAAUCAUCAACCGCAAGGAGAAGGAGAAGAACAACAGGCUCGCCAAUAAACAUAUCAACAGGUCGAGGGAGGGCUCGCCGAAGGUCAGGGCGAAGGACAACAAAGCGGCUGGGGGGAGGACGCACGGGGACGGGGUGGGGGCGCCCAAAGCCAAGAGCAAGGAGAAGAAGAAGGAAGACAAAGAACAAGAUUGCUUAUCAGAAAAGACCUCCCUCGACGUCCUCGACAGUUUCACCUGUGACUUGCCCCCUCUCGAUUUCAAAAUCGAGGAGCCGCCGAAAAAGAGCUCCGAUUCGCCUCUCUACGAAAGCAUUCUCAGGUUCGAGGACGCCGAAGACUGUGCCAGCAACGAAAAAGCGACGAACGCCUUAAACAAGAGCGAGUCGAAAAUACCCGAAGGCGAGAUUAUGUGUUCGUCCGAGGACGACAAGCAGCUCACGCGGAAAACCCGCAAGCCCAAGACGAAACUCGGAGUGAAGAUCACGAAGGAGAAGGAGAACGCGAGUCUGGUCGAGGAGGCUUCGUUGAACCCCCCGAAGCGCUCCUGGAAUAUCGUGGCGGCUUCCAAACCGAAAGAGAAGAUCAUAGAUAUAGAUCUUCCCGAGAUCGAGUGCGUGGAGACUUUCACGCUCCGGUUGCCGAAGAAAGAGAACUUGAUCGAUAUCGACGUGGAGACGGCGAACGCGAAGAACGAGCUAGCCGACGAUUUUAACCUGAUGAAGCUGGAUAAGUCGUCGGACGAGAACGGGAGUUCGCCGGCGGAGACGACGGAAAGCGACGACUCGAGUAAAGUACCGGCGGUUAUAGAGGAUGAGGAGAACGUAACGAGUACGCAGAAUGUACAGACUUCGAAGAGCUCGAGGAGGAAAUCGAAGAAAAAACGGGGCGAACAGUCGGCGGAGUUGAACAGCAAAGACGUGGAAGAUAUAAGUUCGGCGAGCAGCUUCAGUUCAGCGAGUCGAGCAUCGCCGACGCCGUCGUACAGUGAUAAUCUUUUACAUUUUCCAGGUGAUUCCAGCAGCAGCAUGUGAACUUUUUUAGUUAAUUGUGAAUUGGAGCAAGUGCCACAGUUCCAGUGAUUAGUUAAUUUUAGUUAGGAAGGAAUACAGCAAUAUUUUUUCAUUUGGACUGAUGUAAGAUGUGAUAAGGGAGGGAUAGGUAAUUGUGCAUUUCGGAACGGCCAUUUUCGUUCGUUGUAAGAAUCUUCCAUUUCGGUGCCCGUAGUUAGAAGAAUCAAAAAUUACUCAAAAUAAGAAGAUGUUAGCUAGUCGUUGAUUUAAUUUAGAUAACUCAAGGAAAAAGUGAUAGGUUAGUUAGACGAAAUGUGAUGUCAUAACGUGGUAAUCAAAUAAGAAAUAAUGUUGGAUGUUUAGGAGAUUGUUUUGUCGCCAGACACUUUGCUAAAUAUUUUUAUAUACAAUUAUUACGAAAAGUUAGUUUUUCAAACUUAUUUUGUACGAUUUGUUCUUAUAUUUAUACUCCCUAACAAUACAUUGUAAAUAAAUUGAUGCUGAUAUCGAA